UCCAGUAGACCAAGAAAAGGCUGUCACAUGCUGUAAAUAACAUGAAGAGACAUCAGUGAUGGACCUUACUACAAAGAAGGCAGAUGUUGCUCUUAUUUAAAAAGUAAGCGGGAUUUUCAAGGCCCAAUAAGUAACAAUGGGAAGAUUAGUGGCUGAGCUGCUUCUGAUCCUGCUCAUUUCUACAGGACAAGUUUAUGCAGUGUCAUUCUAUGGCAACAGCUCCAUCCAGCUGCAGACAGUGGAAGCCUCCUUUCAAACAUUGCUCCGCUUACAGUUUAGAACUUCUAGUCAGCAAGGCCUGUUAUUUUUGGCAAUGGGGCCCAGAGACUUCUUGCUGUUGGAGUUGACCUCUGGGUGCCUACAGGUACGUGUGGACCUUGGCUCGGGUGAGCGGACUCUGCGCUCAGAAAGCAACGCUAGCCUCAGUGAUCUGUUGUGGCACUCUGUCGAGGUCACUCACAACCAUCAUCGUGUCUCCAUGACCGCGGACAGAAGUUCUCACAUUCGAGUCCAUAUGCCAGGACCGGAUCUGGAGCUCAGCGUAGACUCCCUUUUUGUUGGCAGUGCAUCGGGGCUCAAUCAUCCUCACUUUGUGAAUGUCUCCAAUGGUUUUAGAGGUUGUUUAGAUGAAGCUGUUUUCAAUGAACUCAAUCUGCUGUCCAGUUUGAGGCCUUAUAAUGGCUACGAGACUGUCCAUGAGGUGUCUCUGGGGUGUAGUAAGCUGUUUUCAGCAACAGAAGAUGAUUCUAUCCAUUUUCACAGCUCUGAAGCAUUCAUCUCUCUGCCACCCUGGGAGUCGCAACAAGAAGGUGUGUUUGAAUGUGACCUGCACCCAUCUGGGACAGAGAAUGACGGUAUAGUGCUGUAUAGCGCCGUUCAUCAGGGAGGUGGUGUUAUAUUAGAGAUCAGAAACGGUCAAUUGGUCGCAAGAGUUGUAACCAUAGAGGGGAGUAAGACUGAGUUGUAUUCAGAUACACAACUCCACAGCAACCACAUCUGGUAUCCCAUCCGGCUGCAAAUACUACCCCACAAUGUACAGUUGAAGGUAGGUGAAGAGUUGCUACAGGCCAGUCUGAGUCCAGGAUUGCAGCUCAUGCAACUCAGAGGACCUCUCUUUCUGGGGGGUUUAGAAGAACAAACCUGGAAUGACGCAAAAGAAGCUGGACUUGUGUCUCCCAAGGCCCAGUGGAAGGCGACUGAAAGUGGAUAUUCUUUUAGAGGCUGCCUCAGAGAAAUUAAAGUAAACACUCAAAGAACUGGCCUCCCUCAUGUGAUCAUCUCCAAGGACAUUACUGUGGGCUGUAAGAUAGGCCAAACGCUAGAUACCGUUUCCACUUCCAGCCCAAUGUAUAUUCCUGAGUUUGAUGCGACGACCGCACAAGAGAUAAGUGAUAGAAACGUCUCCAACAUCCUUUUGCUGAGGAGCCUCGAGGUAGAAGAAGGAAGCUGGACGCCAUUGGAGCCUAAACAUAUAAAGGUGAAUCUUGAUUUCAUAAAGUUGGGCUUGCAGCCAUCUGAGUUAAUGUUCCGCAUUGAGGAACAGGCAGUUCACGGACACCUGCAGCUUGACCCUGGUCCUGAAGAUCCCAAAGGGGGAAUUAUCCCAGUACCGGGAGAGGAAACAGACCUGGUUUUUAGUAUGCUUGACCUCUGGCAGGGCCGAGUGAUGUACGUUCACAGCGGCUCAGAGGAUCUGCAUGAUUACUUCAUGUUCUCCAUCUUCUCAAACUACAACAAGGAGCUUCCUGUGUAUCUGAAGGAGCACCACCUGUACCGGUUUGACAUCAGUAUCAGUCCUGUUAAUGAUGCACCAAUGCUCAGCCUGCAACAGGGAAAUGUUUUUACGCUCCUCCAAAAUUCCAAACGGAAGCUGACAAGAGAUGUGCUGAACGUAUCAGACCCUGAUAGCAGUCAUGCUGAUUUGAUCGUCAGCUCCAUGGGAAACUUCGACGAGGCCGGACAUCUUGAACACAAAGAUUACCCUGACAGGGCCGUUAAAGUGUUCUCCCUGUAUGAUCUGGAGGAGGGUAAGAUUAGCUUUGUCCACACAGGAGUCUCUACCUCCAGAAUGGCACUCAGGGUCAGCGAUGGUCAGAAGUUCAGCACCACAGUCAUUUUGGGGAUUCUUGCAGUGGAGCUUGAGCACAAACUGGUGAACAACACUGGACUGGAGGUGAACCAGGGCGGAGCGUCACUCAUCACCACCAAUCAUCUUGCAGUACAAGUUAACGUGGUUGAUCAGCCCCUGGAAAUUCUCUAUAAUGUCACAGAGCGGCCUCAGUACGGUGAACUCCAAUGUUUACACUCAAGUGGCAAAUGGAAACUGACAACGGUCUUCUCUCAGAAACUUUUAGAAAAAGAACAGAUCAGGUACCUGAGCACUUACCGUGGCAUCCAGACUCAGAAUGUCACUGAGCAGUUAGAAUGCAAAGUCAGCAUCGGUUCUUUUGCAACAGAGAAGUUUGUGUUUUCCAUUGUGGUACGAUGGAUUCAUUUUAAGGUCACAAGAAGCAAGAUGGAGGUCAACGGUGUUCUGAAAGUUGUUGUCACUCCUAAAGACCUUCAUGUCAUCACCAAGGGUGUUAAACUCAAUGACAGUGACCGCUAUUUCAGACUUCUAACUGAGCCCAAGAAAGGUCAGCUAUUACUCAUUGAUACAGUUCUAAAAAGAGACUCCACUUUCAGCCAGAAGAAUAUCACAGAUGGCUUAGUGACAUAUGAGCUGUUCGAGAAACUGCCUGACGACACAAGAGACAUUUGUAGCUUUCAGGCGUUUUCCACCCUCGCCAACUCAACAAGUCACAAUUUCAGAAUCCAUAUCAGACCUGAGUCAACCGACUUCACCAUAGUAAACAAAGGCCUUUCAGUCAUUGAAGGAGGAAGUAAAAUCAUUACGAAAAGUAUUCUCUUCACUCACACAACGAGCAACCGCGAGGUCCACUACAGGAUUACGGUGCAGCCGAGGCACGGUCAAUUAAGGAGGAUCAACCUCUCCAAUUCGACCUCCAUAAACGACAACAUUGUAGCCUUCACCAAUCAGGAUAUCAUUGAAGAAAGGGUGGUGUAUGUUCAUGAUGACAGCGAAACCAAGCAGGAUUUGUUCGCUUUUCAAACUGUGGUGUACAACCCAACCAAACUCAAUGGCAGAAAGGAGGAAAGAAACACAGUGGAACACAUCGUAAACAUCGCCAUCCAACUCAUCAACGAUCAGCGACCUGUCAGGGUCGUCGAUAAAGUUUUCCACGUGGCCCGAGAUGGCCAGAGGUUAGUGACUUUGAAUGACCUUUGUUACCGGGACGAUGACUCAGACUUUGAGGAUGACUGGUUGGUGUACACACGGAGGGGAAUUCCAAUGGGGGAGCUGGUCCUGGCUAGUGCGCCCAAUCACAAACUCUACGAGUUCACCCAGCGAGAUCUCAAGCAGAAAAAUGUACUGUUUGUACACAGGGGAGUCAGCUUUGGUCGUUUCGUUUUUUUUGUGUCUGAUGGGAAACAUUACGUUUCUACCUUAAUGGAGGUGAAGGCACAAGAUCCUUACCUUGAAGUGAGCACCAACACAGGCCUUAUGGCCCAGCGGGGUGGGAUAACAACUCUGACCUCAUAUAACCUCAGUGUCUUCAGCAACCUGGACAUCCGAGAGCCACAGCAAGUCACGUUUGAGGUCUUCCUUCCGCCCAAACAUGGCGUCCUCCGCUUUAAUGAAGGUGAAGCUGCAGCAGUGCCAGGUGCUGUUUCGUUGUUCACCCAGGAGGAUCUGGAGAUGGAGCGAUUAGUCUAUCACCAUGACGGCAGCCAUGUAUUGUCCGAUGUGUUUAAUAUAACGGCAAGAGCAAGGGAAAGAACCAGAGAGGGACGGCCAGACGAUAGGAGGAGGGAGGUGCGUCUGGACAUUGGACUGCAUAUAAAAAUCUACCUCGAGAGUCAUCAGAGGCCACCAACAGUCAUAAGUAACCAUCCAGUGGUGGUGGCGGAGGGGCACAAUGUCUCCUUAAACAAGGACCAUUUAGAGGUGGUUCAUGAGGACAGCCAGCCUUCAGAGAUAGUCUUCACCAUCCAAAAUCCUCCGACCCUGGGCUUGAUCGAGAUGUUUUCCCCUGAGAAAAAGCGUCGAACAAAAAAUGGGGGUCAGAGGCGUCUCUUCCGGGAAUUCAGAUGGCAGCCAACAAACUCUUUCACCCAGGAGGACAUCAACAAGGGUUUUAUCAUCUACCAUCAGAGGGCUACAGGAAGCAGGACCAAUGACUCUGCUCUUUUGGAGGCCACCAAUGGGUUCACCAAGGUUGGACCCAUCAGACUGGAGAUUGACAUAAUUCCAACACUGCUGCCUCUAAAGGUGUCUGACUUGAACUUGGAUGAGGGGUCGUCACUGCUGCUCACACUUGACAUCAUCACGUUUGAUAGUCAUCACUUUUCAGGGAUGAAUUUCCUCUAUCAGAUUGUUGUUCCUCCACGACACGGUCACUUGGAGCACAGCCGGAUCCCGGGGAUGCCCAUCACUGCAUUCACGCACACUGAGGUGGAACGGGAAUACAUUUCCUAUAUCCAUGACGGCAGUGACACAGUGAGAGACAACUUCACCAUCAUAGCUAAUCAGACAGAGAACCAGAAGCACAGUCUGCCAUGUAUUGUCCACAUCAAUGUCACGCCUGUCAAUGAUGAGACGCCCGUUGUUACAAACAACAAGGGGCUGAAGGUUUGGGUGGGUUCAGUGACAGAAAUCUCUGUGGACGAUCUAUGCGCAGAGGACUCAGAUACUCCACCCGAGUCGCUCGAGUUCAUCGUCACACCACCCAGUAAUGGUUACCUAGCUCUGAGGAGUUCCCCUUCCAGACACAUCCUGAACUUCACGCAAAGUCACAUUGAAAAUGGCCAGCUGGUCUUUGCGCACAGUGGUGCUUUGUCUGGUGGUUUCCACUUUCAAGUUAAUGAUGGCGUGAACUUUGCCCCUCGCCAGAUCUUCAGCACAACAGCUCAUUCUCUUGUUCUUACACUACAGAGAAACCAUCCAAUUGAGGUCUACCCAGGUUCAGUGACGCCAAUUUCGGAGAAGGAGCUUCAGGUAGUGACCAACGACCCCACUGCCAAUGGAAGAAACCACACUGUGGAGUUUAUAGUGACUGUUCCUCCAAAACUUGGCCGCUUGGUCCGUCACAUGCCUGACAACUCAACUCAGGACGUUUCUACAUUCACACAGACCAUGGUGAAUUCAGGGGUUAUUUUGUAUGAUCAGAACAAGCCAGAGUCGGUGGGAUGGUUGGCUGGAGAUACGUUUUCUUUCACUGUGUCUUCUCCUCCUGCCUUCCUUCCGCCAACCACCUUCACCAUCUUGAUCUCCUACCAGGCAAACAAACAUCAUGAUCAUCAACAUCACACCAGACUCUCCAACAACGCAGGUGCUGUGGUGUCAGAGGGUGGCAAGGUUACAAUUGACCAAUCUAAACUUGAUGCCUCUAAUCUCCUGUGGAAAGUGCCCAAGCCCCUCCAGAAAGACCACCAGGUUGUUUACCGUGUUAUUUCCCUGCCACACCAUGGAGCUUUGUCAAUCCAAGGAUUUAACCUCACCAGGGACCAACCAGAUUUCUCUCAGAUCACUCUGAACAAGUUUGGCAUCACAUACAUACAUGAUGACUCUGAGACCACAAGUGACAGCUUCACUUUCCAGGCCUGGGUGGCUCCUCUGGAUGCCUCCUCGUCUUCAUCUCCGUCUCACAUGUCCGCUUUUUCCUCGGAUUCCUCCUUGUCGUCAUUCUAUUCGGCCUCGUCUUCCCUUUCAUCAGUAGACUUGGAGUCUUAUCACCACGUCGAGGACAGCCUGACGGUGACAGAGACUUUCAACAUUACAGUGAUGCCAGUCAACGACCAACCACCACUGCUAAGGAACAGAUCCCCCAGUAUGAAGGUUGUAGUUGGGGAGCGAGUAAUAAUUGGACCAGACAAACUGCAGGUAGAAGAUCAUGACACCCCUCCGGAGGAGCUGCAUUACCUUGUGAUCAGUAAGCCCAACAACGGCUACUUGACUCUUGGCGAAAGACCAGAACCAGUGACGUCGUUCACCCAGUACGAUGUCAAUCACGGCCGGCUGCAUUUUAUCCAACAGGGCGAGCCUUCAACUGGCGUUUUCUACUUUAACAUCACUGAUGGACAUCAUCGUCCACUCUACAAACUGUUCAGUUUGGAGGUGAUAAAGCCCUCUGUCUUCAUUGUGAACAACACUGGCCUAUCAUUGGUGCAAGGCAGGACAGCAGUGAUCCUGACAACCAACCAGCUCGCAGCUCAAACAAACAGUCGCAGCCAGGCCAAGAUCACCUACACGGUCACCACACACCCUCAUCAUGGACGUAUUGCCAUAAAUGACCAGGAGGUCAUGACCUUCUUCCACGAGGAUCUCCAGUAUGGCCGUGUUGUUUAUCACAUGACUGAUCUUAGCGAAUCGGAGGACAGCUUUCAAAUCUCAGUGUCAGCCUCGGCGCCAGGUGUUGAAUAUGGAAAUGUGACUGCACAGACGGUGAAGGUGGUAGUGCGACCUCUCAUCUAUCUGCGAGAACCAGUGAAAGUCCCCAGUGGCAUCGCUGUGAAACUGGGGAAAGCCAUGAUGGACGCCUCCGAGCUGGCGAGAAUCAGCAGAGUCAAUCCGGUCUUUGAGGUUCUGUCUCCACCAAAACAUGGAAAACUAGUCAAGAUGACAUAUGAUCCCAAUGGAGACCCAGAGGUCUUGAAGUCGUUUACUUUCCGUGACGUGGUGCAAGGACGCGUUGCCAUCGAGGAGACACUGAGCGACAGCGACAGUCAACUCCCGAGUAACAAAUCUGUGCUCGCGACAACUCGAGGCCACACCCCCGCCAGGCCUCUCAAUGAUUCCUUUAUCUUCAUGCUGAAGGCCGGCAACGUCCAACCGGCCAAAGGUGAGCUUCACUUCACCAUUUUACCUCACCACCAAAUGCGUCAUGGGCUGCUUGGCUCGAAAAAAGCGGAUGGUGCGAGUAAUGAACAUGAGAUGACGCGCCUGCCGCCACGGAACAAGACCACCACUGGAGGGGGAAGAGAAGGGUGGCGAAAAGGAGCCCCCACGUCAAGCAGGGUGGAAAUGGAUUUGCACCCUCACAUCCUGACACAUAAGAACCACAAUAAGACACACCAUAAGCAGAGACCUCACCACCGCACGGCCAACCAUACACGCGGUGGGAGUCACAGCAGCCGGUCAGGGAGUGGUGGGGAGGCAACUAGAUGGGGGCGUGGAUCACUCCCACAGCCUCGCCCUCCCUCCGAGCCAGAACACAGUCCGGCAAAGCCUCCUGACACCCGUCCAUUUCACGUGGAGGUUCUGCCAAGGCCAGCCUCGGACCCCCUACUCAUCAUCCUGCCCCUUUUGGCCUGUUUGCUCCUCAUCGUCAUCCUGGUGGUGUUGAUCCUGGUGUUCCGACACCGAAAGGAGAAGCAGGCCAGGAUGCGUCUCCUCCAGGAGCUCGCCGCGGUGCACUUACCCACCGAGGGCAGCCCGUACUUGGGCCGGCCGGAGCGAAGCGUGGCCAUGCCCUCCGUGGUGGUCACCCCGCUUGGUGCAGCUAGCUGUCCUGCCUCACCAAGGGCACCGGAAGGCCCCAGGAGGCGGAGUCUGGCCCCUGGAAUGACUUUCUGGGGACCAUUUGAUGCUGAAGCUACAAGCAGUGAUGAGAAUGUGAGAGGUUGUGAAAGUAAUACAAGAGAGAAAGUUGCUAGUAGAAAUUCAUUACCAGCCAUCUUUGUAGAUUUCAAGACCACUCGUAGAUCUAAAUCCCCCACACCAACGCUUAAAGACAACCUGUAUUGGGUUUGAUUGAAGUACAGUAUUCCCACAUAUACUCACAAUUCGCCAUUUGCAAAUUCACCUGUUUAUAGAUUUUUGUUGUGUGUUUCUGUGUUUAAUAACUCUGCCCUGCCAACUAUGUUGAAGUAAGGGAAGGAGCUUCAUUUUGUCAGGCCAUAGCCUUGUUUAAUAGAAAAGUAGUGCUUUUCCACCAUCGUAUGGCAUCUACAGGCAAUUAUAAACCUCUUUAGAGGGGGGUCAAUUACCCGCAGAUUUUUGGUAUUCGUGACUAGGCUCGAUUUCUACCCCACGUGAAUAGCAAGGUAACGCUGUACUAUAACUCAAAUGCAAACUGUGCCUUAUAGGUGUACAAUAUGCAUUGCUGAAGGAGACACACCUUAUUUAUUGUGCAUGCUUAGAAGAAUUGGUUCCUUUAUUAAUUUUAUUUUGUUUAAAAAUGUAUAUACUUAUAUAUGUAAAUAGACCAACAAUAACCCACUAAUUUACAGGUUUGUAGAACUGCACUGCAUCAUACUUAAGAGUUUUAUUAAUGUUUUUCAUCCAUCCGUCCAUUGUGAGCUGGACCCUAUCCCAGCUGAUUUAGGCUAAGAAGCUGUGUGCCCCAAAAUUAAAAGAAAUUGCUAUGUAAAAUGGUUUUCUCUUUUGUAAUGGCAUGAUAUGUCAGUAAUUGGCAUUUGCAUGGGGAAUUUGCACCCCUUUGCAGAGUCACCCUCUGUAAAAGAGAUUCAGUAUGGGGGUGGGGGUUUUAGGUUUGUUUG